AUGGCUCCUUCUACUAAGAGAAAGAGAGAUGAGGAGUUUCCUCUCGCAAGGGAAGAUGCCACACAACAACCAAUAGCAUCUUCAUUGGUCAGAAAUACAGAGGAAGUAUCAUUUCCAAGAGGUGGUGCAUCUGCAUUAACUCCAUUAGAACUGAAACAAGUUGCAAAUGAAGCUGCUAGUGACGUUUUAUUUGGUAAUGAUAAGCCUGUUCCAGAAACUUCCAGACCAAAAAAGAAGAAGAAGACAACCAAAAAGGACAAGAAUGAAGGUGCUGGAAGUACAGAAUCUGAUAGCACCACCGAAAAAUCAUCUGCCAUAGUACAUCAUAUUGGCUUCAAGAACUUGAAGGUAGGAUCAUACUUAUUGGGUCAAGUCUCCAGUAUAUCUAAAAAUGAUAUCGGUGUCACUUUUGCAGAUGGCAUAUCUGGUUAUGUAAACAUGGCUCAUAUUUCUGAACAAUUUACAACUAUGUUGGAAGAUAUGGAUGAAGAUAUGGAAGAAAAAGAAAACAAGGACGAUUAUGACUCUUCCGAUGAUGAAGCACAGGAUAAGAUUAAUGAACUGCCUGACUUACACAAUUAUUUCAAGAUUGGUCAAUGGUUAAGAUCCUACGUUACUGUCAAUACUGCGCUAGAGACUAGAACAAAAAAAAAUCACAAGAAAAGAAUUGAAUUAUCUCUUGAACCUAGUAUCGUCAACACAUUUGCUGAAGAGGAUUUAGUUAAAAAUUGUACAAUUCAAUGUGCUGUUAAGAGUAUUGAAGAUCAUGGUGCAAUUUUAGAUAUUGGUGUAGAUGGAUUUACCGGUUUUAUUUCUAAAUCAGAUGUUCCAAAUUUAAAUGAUUUGUUACCAGGUACUGUUUUCCUAGGUAAUAUUACUAAGAAAUCAGAUAGAACUGUCACUGUUAAUACUGUUCUUGCAAACAAAAAAAAUAAAAUCACACAGAUUUCUGCUGUAGACGCCGUAUUACCAGGUCAAACAGUUGAUUUACUAUGCGAGGAAGUAUCUGAAAAUGGUAUCACAGGUAAAUCAUUUGGUUUAGUUCCAGGUUUUAUUGGAUCAUCUCAUCUAAGAGUUUUCAAACAAGAGGAUAUGAAACAUAAAUACGCAGUCGGUUCUAAUAUUCAGUGUAGAAUUAUCGCAACAUUAACAACAGAUGAUGCCGAAAGAACUUUGGUUUUAUCUACAUUACCUUCAAUCCAAUCUCUAGAUACAUCUUUAUCAAGUAUAGAAGCUUUAGAAGCCUUCCCAAUUGGUUAUACAUUCGAAUCUACCAAAGUUUUGGGCGUUGAUUCACAAUAUCUAUAUCUAAAAUUGAAUGAUGAUCGUGUUGGUAGAGUUCACAAAUCGAAUGUCGGUACUUUGGAAUCCAAAGAUAAUCUAAUGGCCAGAGUUCUUGGGUUUGAUGCUGUCGAUAAUAUUUACGAAAUGACCACCAACCCAGAUACUGUUAAAUUAAAAUAUCUAAGAGCUUCCGAUGUUCCAGUAGGUGAGUUAUUAUCAGGUUGUGAGAUUAUCAAUGUUUCUAGUUCAGGUAUUGAACUAAAAAUUUUAAAUGGACAGUUUACUGCCAAGGUUCCUGCAUUGCAUAUUUCUGAUAUUAGAUUGGUAUACCCUGAAAGAAAAUUCAAGAUUGCAUCCAAGGUUAAAGGUAGAGUUCUUGCUGUUGAUCACAGAGGUACCAUAUUCGUCACCUUGAAGAAGUCAUUAGUUAACAUUGAAGAUAAAGAUAUCUCCCUUGUCUCAUCAUACCAAACAGCUGAAGAUAUUAAAUCUAAAGGCGAAAAGACUGUCGCCUCCGUUCAAAAAUUUACGCCAUCAGGUGCUAUCCUAACCUUCUUCGGUGGUAUUACCGGGUUUUUACCUAACGCUGAAAUUUCAGAAGUUUAUGUUAAGAAGCCAGAACAACAUUUAAGAUUAGGUCAAACAGUCAAUGUUAAACUAUUGAAUGUCGAUGGAGAAAACCACAGAAUCCUUGCAUCAUGUAAAAUUUCUAGUCAAAAAGCUCAAGAACAAAAGGAAAAAAUACAAGACAUAAUCCCAGGUAGAACCAUUAUGAAGGUUACUGUCGUUGAAAAAGCGAAGGAGUCUCUAGUUGUCGAAGUUGCUGAUCUUGGUCUAAGAGGUGUCAUAUACGUUGGCCAACUUUCGGAUAAUAGAAUCGAAAAUAACAGAGCUGCUAUUAAAAAAAUCAUCAUUGGCUCCGAAUUGGAAGGUCUAGUCAUUGACAAAGAUACCAGAACUCACAUCUUCAAUCUUUCUAUGAAGAAAUCUUUGAUAAGGGAUGCUAAGAAACAAAUUCUUCCAUUAACUUAUGAAGAUAUUCAAAAAACUGACAAAUCAACCCCAUUAAACGGUUAUGUAAAGUCUAUCUCAGACAAGGGUAUUUUUGUUGCAUUCAACGGGAAAUUUGUUGGUUUAGUUCUUCCAAGUUAUGCAGCUGAAAGUAGAGAUAUUGAUAUUUCCAAGAUGUAUUAUGUCAAUCAAUCUGUAACUGCCCAUAUUUUAAGAACAGAUGACGAUAAUAAAAGAUUCCUUUUAACCUUGAGAGGUCCUGCUGAUGAAAAAAAGAAAGUAGUGACCGAAAAAAAUUUCGAAGCUAUUGACCCAAGUAUCAAAUCUGUAGAAGAUUUUUCAUUUGGUAAAAUUGUUAAAUGUAAGAUUGUCGGUAUAAAGAAGAAUCAACUUAAUGUUGCAUUGGCCGAUAAUAUUCAAGGUAGAAUUGAUGUAUCUGAGGUAUUUGAUAACAUUAACAGUAUUGAGAACAAGAAAGAACCUUUGAGCUCUUUCAAGAAGGAUGAGAUAAUAGAGGCCAGAAUAAUUGGUACGCAUGAUGCCAAAAGUCAUAAAUUCUCAUCAUCACCAAUCCAAGUCACAAAGGGUUCGAUCCUAGAAUUAUCUAUGAAACCUUCUGCACUAAAGGCAAAGUCUUACGCCCCAACUGAAUUAGCCAAUGUCAAAGUGAGUGAUGAAUUGGUAGGUUAUGUUAAUAAUUACAGAAAUGACGUACUAUGGUUGACUAUAUCACCAUCUUUAAGUGCUAGAGUAUCCGCUUUUGACUUGCUUGAAGAUGAAGAAUCUCUACCGGAAAAUAUCGAGAAUUCAUUCCCAAUUGGUUCUAUAAUCCCUGUAAAGGUUGAAGGAAUCGAUGCUGAACACAAUUGUGUAUCUGCUAUUACAAAAGCUCAUAAAGCAAAAACUAUUUCCGACUUGGUCGUAAGCUCUAAGGUUCCAGCACGUAUCAGCAAAGUGGGUGACAAUUAUGUGCUGUUAGAUUUGGGUAAUAAGUUAACUGGUAUUUCUUUUGCAACUGAUGCCCUUGACGAUUACUCUCUAUCUCUAGAAGAUACUUACCGUAAAAAAAUCAACAAGAUGGUUGUGGCUACUAUUCUAUCUGUCGAUAUCGAGAAAAAGAAGAUCAAUCUUUCUCUUCGUUCUGAUAAUCCAAAGACUCCACUAAUUACUUCUCACAGUGACAUCAAUGAGGGUGAUAUUGUUCACGGUAUUGUAAAGAGAGUUAUGGAUAAAGGUAUAUUUGUUUAUCUAAGUAGCAAGAUUGAUGCUUUCGUUCCUGUUAGUAAGUUAUCUGAUUCUUAUUUAAAAGAAUGGAAGAAAUUUUACAAACCUAUGCAACCUGUUGUCGGUAAGGUUGUUCAAUGUGAAGAAGACUCGCGUAUUUUGUUAACUUUAAGGGAAUCUGAAAUAAAUGGUGAAGUUCAAAUACUAAAGAACUACAGUACUAUCCAAGUAGGUGAUAUUUUCAAUGGUUCUGUUAAGAAUGUCACAGAUUUUGGUGUAUUUAUCAAACUGGACAACACUGUUAAUUGUAGUGGUCUGGCCCACAUUUCUGAAAUCUCAGAUGAAAAGCCUGAAGAUAUCUCAGCACUAUUUGGUCCAGGUGACAGAGUUAAAGCUGUUGUAAUUAAAACAAAUCCAGAGAAAAAACAAUUAUCUUUAAGUCUAAAAGCUUCUCACUUCUCCAAAAGUUCUCCAGUUGAAAAGCAAAAUGAAAAGGUCGAAGAAGAUGACGAGGAAAUUCAAUUCACUAAUGAUAUUGAAUCUGAUGAUGACAUGGAUCUUGACGAAGAGGAAACCAAACCAAAGCGUGAUAUUACUUCUAUGUCUACUGAUGGUUUAAGUUUGAGUACUGGCUUCGACUGGACCGCUGCUAUUUUAGAUCAAGCUAAUGAAGCUGAGUCAGAGUCUGAAGAAGAAGAAGAUUUCACAGAGUCCAAAAAGCAUAAGCACAGAAGAAGAAGGGAAAAGAUUGUUGAAGAUAAAACCAUCGAUAUUAAUACAAGAGCUCCAGAAUCUGUUUCUGACUUUGAACGUUUAAUUAUUGGUAACCCAAACUCAUCUGUUAUUUGGAUGAACUACAUGGCCUUCCAAUUACAACUAAGUGAAAUUGACAAGGCCCGUGAAAUUGCUGAACGUGCCCUAAAGACCAUUAACUUUAGAGAAGAGGCUGAAAAAUUAAACAUAUGGAUAGCAAUGCUCAACUUGGAAAAUACCUUCGGUACCUCUGAAACUUUAGAUGAUGUGUUUAAGAGAGCUUGUCAAUACAUGGAUUCGUUCACUAUUCACAACAAAUUGAUAAGUAUAUACCAAAUGAGUCAAAAACUAGAUGCAGCUGCUGAUUUAUUGAAAGCAACAGCCAAGAAAUUCGGUGCUGAGAAGGUGUCCAUCUGGGUCACAUGGGGAGAUUUCUUAAUUACAAAUAACAGAAAAGAUGAGGCUGCGUCUGUCUUGAGUAAUGCUUUGAAGGCUCUACCAAAACGUGAUCACAUUGAAGUUGUUAAGAAAUUCGCUCAACUUGAAUUUGUAAAGGGUGAACCUGAAAAGGGUCGUUCAUUAUUUGAAGGUUUGAUUUCUGAUGCUUCAAAGAGAAUCGACAUAUGGAAUGUUUACAUUGAUCAAGAAAUGAAAAUUAAAGAAAAAACCAAGGUCGAAGACUUGUUUGAAAGGGUUAUUUUAAAGAAAUUAAGUAAGAAGCAAGCCAAGUUCUUCUUUAACAAAUGGUUAGAAUUUGAAGAAGCCAGCGAUGAUAUUAAGACUUCUGAUUACGUCAAGGCUAAGGCUACUGAAUAUGUUGAAAGAAACAAUAAAGAUGAAUAA